GUGCGUCUCAAAUGAGUCUUUUUGUGAGUUAAAACCUUCCAACGAGGCUCCGGAGCGACCUUCGUGCACAUCUGCAGAAACGGUUUACUCAAAAUCCAUCAGCUGUUAAAACCCCCUCCUGCACAGAAGAACCAAAAACAGAGUCCUUAAGAAAUGGACCAAGACAAUCUGAAAGAAGAAAAGCAAGAAGACAACCCAAACGGAGCAGCAGAGGCUCCAGCUCCAGCAUCAGAUACAGCAGCUCCAGCCUCUGGUCCCGCCCCCUCCAGCCAGCCUGCAGCUUCCAGCAGGCCUCGGAGGCCGCAGAGAAGCGCCCGAGUCGAGGGCUCCGUCGACGUCUCCGAACCCAAACUUGAGCCUCAAACUGAUCCAGCACCUGCGUCCAACGAGGAGGAGCAGUGCACUCCUGAUGGCUCUGUGCCGAGCCGUCCUAAACCCUCUCGCCCCGCUGCAGCAGGGCGCACGGGGCCCGGCAACAAGGUCGGUCCUAAGGGGGCGGGCCACCACCCGGUUAGGGCGGCCUCAGUCCCACACUCCGCCGUGCUCCCUCACCUGAACCCUCACGCACAGAGAGCCUUCUCUGUAGCCGGUACAGCCGACACUCAGGCCCAGACUGUGGAAGACUUCAGGGUGCACAUCAUCACAUGGAACGUGGGAUCAGCCCAGCCACCUGAUGACAUCACUUCCUUGCUGGGGCUGAAUGUCAGCGAUGGAAACACGGACAUGUACAUCAUUGGGCUGCAGGAGGUGAACUCUAUGAUUAACAAAAGGCUGAAAGAUGUCCUCUUCACAGACCAGUGGAGCGAGGUCUGCAUGGAGAGACUCAGCCCCUUUGGUUAUGUGCUGGUGACCUCUCAGCGGAUGCAGGGCUUGUUGCUGCUCGUCUUUGCCAAGUACUUCCAUCUGCCCUUCCUGCGCGGCGUCCAGACUGAGACCACCCGCACCGGCCUCGGGGGUUACUGGGGGAAUAAAGGUGGUGUGAGCGCCCGCAUGUCUGUGUUCGGUCACACCAUCUGCUUCCUGAACUGCCACCUGCCGGCUCACAUGGAGAACUCAGAUCAGCGCAUGGAGGACUUUGAGAGCAUCCUGCAGCAGCAGCAGUUUGAGGGCCAGUCUGCCACCGGGGUCCUCGACCACGACGUGGUGUUCUGGUUUGGAGAUCUCAAUUUCCGCAUCGAUGACCUGGACAUGCAAGUGGUCAAAUCAGCAAUCGAUAACAACAAGUAUGCAAUGUUGUUGGAAAAGGAUCAGCUCAAUAUGGCCAAAGACAGCGAGACAGUGUUGGAGGGUUUCCAGGAGGGGCCUCUGAAAUUCUCUCCCACCUACAAGUUUGACGUUGGAACGAACACAUACGACACGAGUGGGAAGAAGCGUAAACCAGCUUGGACUGACCGCAUCCUGUGGCGUCUGAGAGCUACCGCGCCUGCAGGAGGGGCUCUCAGCGCGGGGAAGCGGGGCUCCAUGUCAGGCCUGACCAGCGGGACCAAAGUGACUCAGCACUACUACAGAAGUUACAUGGAGUACACCGUCAGCGACCACAAACCAGUGUCCUCCAUCUUUACCCUGCAGUUCCCGUACAAGGUGGAUGUUCCCCUGGUCACAAUCAUAGUGGAGGACGAGUGGAACAGUAUCCCUGAUGCCAUCGUUAAAUUCAAACUGACCCCAAACUUUCCUCGCAGCUCCUGGGACUGGAUCGGACUGUACAAGGUGGGCUUCAAACACCAUAAGGACUACGUGGGCUACGUGUGGGCCAAGCAGGAGGAGAAUGAUUUCCUUCGACAGGAACAGGAGGUAACCUUUACCGAGGAGGAACUGCCCAAAGGCUCGGGGGACUUUAUCUUGGGUUACUAUAGCAACAACAUGAGCACCAUUGUGGGUGUAACAGAGCCAUUUCAGAUCCAGCUCCCCACUACAGGUACUGACCCCAGCUCUUCAGACAGCUCUGACUUCAGCUCAGAAGACGACAGCACCGUUGUCCACAUGAAGACGAGGUCGCGCAGCCCCAGUCCGCGCAAAAAGCACCGCAGCCAUCGCGGCGGCGGCGCCCACGGCCACAGCCACAGCCACAGCCGCUCCGGCAGCCCCGGCCCGGCCAAAAAGAAAGAGCCCGAUGCAGCUGAUGCGGCUCCGGCUGACAGCGCGGCAGCAGCCGAGCGCGAGUCCCCAGGACGUCCAGCAGAGGGCGGCAGCAGCCAAGGAAAAGACACAGGGGACGCAGGGGUGUGAUGUUCAACCCAGAGUCCUGCUGUCGUCACAGGUUACAUAGCCAACUGUUGUGUCUUGUAUCACACACAUCCACCACACUGUAUGUUUUCUGUAAUGAAAUGAUACAGUUUCUGAUGCCAUCCUUUUUCAGGAACAGCCCUCCGGUUCGUCCAGAAGGCUAACUUUGCCUUGAGUUCUGAAGCUGUGCACAUUGUGUUUUUUUUCCUUCUUUCGCUCUGUUCUGUGGUUCUUCUACCUUUGUCCGUUCUCAGGUGUGGACAGUACAGGGAGCUGACACCUUGCAUUAAGAAAUACUCAAGGAUUUAUAGUCAUGUAGAGUAAAAAAGAGAAACCAAUCCGUCCUGUUUUUCCUGACACUGCUUUGAAACCUAUUUCAGCAAACUGCAUGUCAGGAAACACUUGAGUUCGACGUGUUGUAAACAUUGCUCGCUAAUCACUCCGUUUGCUUUUCGUUGUGGAACAUGUAUCUAUCAUGAAAAACUAAUCUGCCCAGAUUAAUAUGCAUUUCAUCCAAACGUUUUCCAAACAUGGAGACAGCUGUGCAAUUUGACUCAGUUUGGUGACUCUACUCUUGUGGAUGAUUCCCGCCCUGCGCGCAUUCUGCAAAAACACGAUACAUGCAGGUGGAUUUUCAAAAAUGAGCUACCAAUGAGAGUAAAGCCAGGACUGAAAAAGGGGGGGGAGGGGGGGAGGCGUAAAGGCCUUUAAAUAGAGCGCUAAAUCAGUGCAGUGUGUGUGGGAGACUAUCUGUUAGCUGACGCUGCAGAGCUGUCCUGCAGGAGCUAGUUCAUUAACGGUCGCUCACGAGCUCUGCUGGUCACUACAACAGAAACAUGAGCCGGGGGAACAUGCAGAGUAGUGCUUUGACACUACUGUCCUGUAGUGGGCUUUAUCUUUAAUCACACUGCACCAAAGUUUAAACCCCGCCUCCUAUGAUGUUAGGACGUUGUGUAAAAUGUAAAUAAAAACAGAAUGUGAUGACUGGUAGAACAUUAAACCCCAUAUUUUUGAAUUGAAAAUAGCACAAAGACAACAUAUCGAAUGUUGAAUCUGAGAAAUGUGAUUACUUAUAUGCCCGUUUUGAAUUUGAUCCCAGGUGGGUCAGGGUCAUGUUCACACCUCUGUACCAUCACCUCUUCUUUUAACUUCACUUUUGGGAAUUUAACUUCCAGAAACGAUUUUCUCGUCGAUCUAUUUUCCAGCUCAGUCUCUCACAAAGUGGUGAACCCCUCCCCCUCCCCAUCCUGACUUCAGAUACACUCAGCCUCUCUGGGAUGAUUUUUUUCAUACCCAAUCAGAGGGUUCACAAGUUUAAACUUCAUUAUCAUACUUGUUAAAAUUAAGCAAUUUUGAUGCUUGGUUCAACCACAGCAACAAAAAAAAAGAAGUCAGAGACACCCAACAUUGGGUAACUUCUUGUUUUUAGUGAUCAGAAAUUGCAGGUAAACUCUGUCACACUGUCAAAGUUGCACAAAAACAUCGUCAAGGUUUCAUUUGCCUGACAUUCACUCAUUCUGAGAGAGACAAAUAAAAACAGAUCAACGUCAGUCUGAAGUCACUAAAAUGAUCUUGCAUUUUGACAACCCUAGUGUCAACAUUCGAUAUGUUGUCUUUGUGUGAUUCUCAGUCAAAUAUGGAGUUCUAGUGUUUUGCAAAUCAUCACAGAUCGGAUUUUAUUUACAUUCCACUCAACGUCCAAACUUUAAAAAAAAAAACUCGUCUGCAGGAAACGAUAACACUGAAUUCUUUCUCCAAUCCUUUCCUACAUAUCAAAGCGUUGCCUUUAUGCUGGUUUGGUUGUUUUAAAUCAGUUUUGAGUGACAUUGGCUGAUAAAUGAUCUGAAUACUCUACACAGGGCUUUGCAUCAUUACUGUAGGAGGCUGACAUGUUCCACUCCUGUGAAGUAUCUCAAACUAAUGAAUCGCUUCAUGUUUUAUAUGAUUUAUACUUUGUGUUUUCUCUCGCUCAGAUGCUCCAUUGAUGACGUCGGUGAUUCGCCGACAGUGACUCUAGUCGCAGUAGUCGUGUUGCAUAGUUACUGUGUGACCUCUGAUGCACCGUCUUAGACACUUUGUACUUUCGGGCUGUUAGCGUUAGGACAGUGAAUACUCUUGUAGCUGUAACCUCAGUGUGUAUUCUGUGUGUGUGUGUGUGUGUGUGUGUGUGUGUGUGUGUGUGUUUUUAUGGAUGUGUGAGUGUUUCAGACGAGGGAUCGUGUGUGCGUGUGUGUGUGUGUGUGUGUGUGUGUGUGUGUGUGCGUGAAUGGGCUGUGACUGUUUGCAUGGUUUGCUGCUGGACAUACUUUACAUUCCGGUACUGUGAUCUUCGUGCCGUAAAAAGUGCUGUUUUUGACUCCUCUUUGUUAAAAUCGUGGCUGUGAAGUAAUUAGAAAUUUAAACACUGUACGUAAAGUGUAGGAGUUUCUCCGCGGUGUACUGUACGUGUUAUAGGUGAAAGAAAAACGCAGGACCGCUCUGCUAGUUUCGAAUCAUUUCAUUGGUGCGUUCAUUUUGAUUUUUUUUACUGAAUGGAAAAUCUUUUUGGACCUUUUUUUGUGUCGAGUGACAUGUUUAAAAAAAAACAAAGUUAAAGAUUGUAUGACUUUGUCCUACUCUAGAUAAUUUAGAUAAGUAUGAUCAGCUGUGAAGUCACGACCGGUGACUAUCUUGUUGUGAAAUGUUAUUGAGAAGAAAAAAAAAACC